AUGAAGUUGGUUGUAGUGUUGUGUUGUGUGAUCUUGGUUGUAUAUUCGAAAUCUCAGAGCAAUUUUGGUCAAACUCGCAUGUCUAAUGGUGAGACUGAACAUCAAAAAUGUGAAGGCGAUGUAAGUUUCGGUAAUAUUUUAAUUUUUUGUUGACUUUUAGUUUUUUUUUUAUAAAAAUUCAAAAAAUUUAAAACUAAUUUUGAGAUAAAAAAACAUUCAAAUAAUAGCCCACGUGUGUUAAAGAACUAAAAUUAACAAAAAAAAAGCUUUUGAAUUCAGUUUUGCUUCAGCAGCGUUGUUAUAGAACGAAAUUGACAAAAAGGGAAGGUGUGCAGGGAUGGCCGAGUGGUCUAAGGCGCUAGACUCAAGCGAAACGCUUCGUUGUGAAAACCGACGGUUCGGAGCCUUCUAGUAUCGUUAUCGAUGCGUGGGUUCGAAUCCCACUUCCUGCAGAAUUUUUUGCACUUUUUGAACUGAGAUGGUGUGGGCUUAUGUUAGGCUUAAAUUUUAUUUUUAGCGUAUUUUGAUUUUUAAAAACACGUUUUGCAACAAAAAGUCUAAACAUGUUGUUAAGUUAUUAACCUUAAUACUAUACGACAAGACCUUUAGGGCACCACAAUUACCGAAUGUGACGGCUCAACCCACUCCGGACCAAAAGCGAAUGCCGAAAACUGUGAAGUCUGGUGCAAUGGUGAUGCCGAUUUUGAGUUUGCUGGUUCAGACAAAGCCAAAAGCUCUGGCGCUGUUUCACAAUCUAGCUUUAGCUCAACAAAGACCGUGAACGGAGAAUCCCAGUACAAAAAGUGUACUGGAGACGGAAAAGAAAUCACUGAAUGUGACGGUUCUACUCAUCCUGGAUCACGUGCUAGCGCUGAGACUUGUAAUGUGUUCUGUGAUGGUACACCAGACUUGUAA